AUGGUUAUUGAUACCAGUUUGGUGCAUGGCGGAAAGCCAUCUGAUCUAAGGGUAUUGAAAUAUGUGCUUGUAAAUUCAGUGUGUGAAGUUGAUGUAGAUGCUGCUGGUAAAAAACAUACGAGGAAAGUAAACCAUGGCAAGGAUAUGUCUAAAAGCAUUAAACGGAAUGCAACAAAGUUGGCAGUUAUUGAUACCAAUAGACUUUCUGACAUAAAACUAUUGAAGCUGAAAUUGAAACAACUGAAACAUCCGCCAGUUGAAUCAGAAGAUGCUCCUACGACUACUACCGGUCUUCAUAGAGAAAGUAAGGAUUUCUCUUCAACUGAUGAUUCACCAAUGAUGGUGGAAGCUAAGAUGCUGAUAUGUGACAAAAAGAAAAUCAAUAAAACCGACAGUCGCAUAAGUGUAUCUAACAGUGGUGCUACCAGUAAAAAAGAAGCAUAUGAUAAUCUUGAUACCGAUGCAAACAAGAUGUGUUCUGGUGAAAAUUGGAAAAUUAUGGGUAUUGUGAGGAUUGAUGAUUUUGGGGUAGAGAAUGUAGUUAUGGUGUUAGAAAUAGUCUCCGAAUUUGUUCCUAUUAAAAGGAGGAGAUUGACUGAUUGUGCCAAGGAAGAGAAAAGCUGCAUCAUUGAGAAUUCUUCAGGAGGUCUGGGAUCAGAUAAACUACGAAUUUCUCGAUCUUCUAGCUUUCGAGUUGCCAACCCAAAUGUUUGUGAUCCAAUUAGUAAUCAGCAGAGUCAAAGUUUAACAGCUUCUUCAGCAGACAGAAGCUUGGAAGAGGAGGAUAAUGAAAAAAGCAUUUCCAACGACGUUUCAACAAAUUCUGAAAAUAGCAAAAUGACAAAGGCAAAAGAUCCAUGUCUAACAGCUGCCACUCAGGAAGUAGUUGAGGAGCCUCUGAGAAUCCCUUGUGAUGUUGGUUCUUUGGAACAACAGCCUGAUAUAAAUCCCAGGAGACAGAGCACUAGAAACAGACCGUUGACAGUUAGAGCAUUGGAAUGUAUAGCAAAUGAAUAUUUGCAUGUACAGAAGAAACAAAAAAAGAAAGACAGCCAGACCCACAAAGAUCUUUUCAAUCCUUGCCGCAAGGCUCGAACAAAAGGCAAAUCAACACUGCAUCGUCAUUGUUCAGAUCACGGGAAUGCAGUUGCAGUACAAGAAGAAAAGCAUUUGAUUGGAGAUGCUUUUGGAAACAAAUUGGCUUUGAAUGUGCCGAUGCUUCUCCUGCCUGACUUGCAAAUUGUGUUCUAA